AUGGCGCCCGCGGCGUGGACGCGCGUCGCGAUCGUCGCGCUCGCGGUGACGCUGUCGACGCGCGCGGCGGUCGGAUUGGAGAUUCGCGUGCGACGAGGCGAGACGGAGUGCGUCACCGAGCGCGUGCGAGAGGCGGACGUCGCGAUCACGGGGUCGUGGUUCGUCACGAAGGGGAGCAACACGGCGGCGCCGAGCGAGCGCGGACCGCCGGGGUACGGGACGUACGAUGAUUACUAUUAUUGGGACGCGCACGAGGACGCGUUCGACGCGAGGGCGACGCUGGAGCGGGCGAAGGAUGGUUCGGAGGAGGAGAUUUAUAACGCGUUGAAGAGGAGUGAACACAGGUUUGACUACGUGGCGCGCGAUGCGGGGACGCUGCGGACGUGCUUUACGAAUUCGGGGUCGCGAGACGCGAGCGUGAGUUACAGCGCGUCGUUGGGCCAUCGGUGGGAUCACGAAAAGGCAAAGGCGCAACACAUCGAUCCGACGUACGAGCGGUUGAAUAACGUCGAAUCGAGCGUCGGGACGCUGAUGGAGGAGGUGAAGUAUCACGAGCGGCGGGCGAAGCGGCACUUGCGAACGGCGAAGUCGACGGACGCGCGCGUCGUGCGUUGGGCGCUGUGCGAAGCCGCCGUGAUGAUUUUGGCGAGCUAUUACCAAUUUUAUUGCGUGAAGAAACUCUUCCAAACGCGAGAUCGCCGCGGCGGGUUCGCGCGUGUUUAA